AUGAUUGACAACUGUAAAAUUCUAUACUUUUCAAGUCAGAUUUUAAUAAACAUUCAAGAAAACGUUUAUUUAUCAAUAACAAGAAGAAUGGAACCACCACAAUCAACUACUCGCGCUAUGCUUCAACGUGUCGUCAAUCUAACAAAGCAUGCGUAUGGAUUACAAGUAUCACCGAAACUGAACGUUCCAUUCUGGCAUAAUAAAUCGUUUCAACAAUCAAGUACAACCUCUGACAUAGCGCAACGGUAUAGCGCACAAAGUCCAAGAGCGCCAGCCUAUGCACUAACUCCUCAAAAAAAGUUCGACUUUACCCGAGCGAAGAAAUUUCUGCAGUUAGAGCUCGACCGACGAUGUGCUCGGCUAUCAAAAACGAGCCGGUAUGAACCCAAAUUAGCUUUAGAUUUUGUUCGGGAACUAUCCUACCAUUUACGUCGUGUGCUCAAACCUGACCCAUCAAGUAAAGUUCGCUAUAAAACCGUCGUUCUUGUCACAAUUGUACAAAUACCGACGGAUCGGCAAAAACAUCAGUCGAUGGCUAUCGUUUCCAAAUGUUUGUGGAACAGUGAAACAGAUGGAUCAGUUACCGUGCAAUGUAAAAUUGGUUAUGAUAUGAUCGCCAUUGCAACUGCAUACGCAGUGUAUACUGACUAG